AUGGAGGAGGAAGCUCUUGUGUGGUUUAAAGGGGCAAGUGAGGCAGGAUACUUCCAUUCUUGGGAGGAUUUUAUAAAGGCAGUACAAGUAAGGUUUGGUACAUCAUAUGAUGAUACAAUGGAGGCGUUAACAUGUUUGAAGCAAACUAAUUCUGUUACUGCUUAUAAGGCAGAAUUUGAGUUGCUUUCAAAUAGGAUUAAAGGAGUUACUGAAGAAAACAAGCUCAAUUAUUUUUUAAGUGGAUUGAAGGAUGAAGUGAGAAUUCCAGUACGUAUGUUGAAACCAAUCAAUUUGAAUGAUGCAUUUGGGUUGGCAAGAAUGCAAGAAGAGCAUGCUUGGUUAAAUAAAAGUUUAGGGAAAACUACUUACAGUGAGUCUGCACCUCGGAUUAAAGGAGGUUCAAUUUUGGGGGUACCAAAAGGGCUGCCCUCUACAAGGCUGCCUUAUCAAAAGGUUUCCCCCUCACAAAUGCAAGAAAGGAGAAAGAAGGGUUUCUGUUAUUUUUGUGAGGAAAAAUGGCACCAAGGCCACAAGUGUAGUAAACCAAGAAUCUACCUUUUAGAAGGUAUGGAUAUUCUUGUUGCUGAGAUUGUUGAAGAUGAAGAAAUAGUACCUGAAGAAAAACCUGUCAAGGUUGCAAAUGUGGCUUCAAUUUCCUUACAAGCUAUUGUUGGGUCACCUAAUCCUAUGAUAAUAAGGAUUGUGGGACAAAUUAAUAAAAAGAAAGUGGUGAUUUUAAUAGAUACUGGUAGGACCCACAACUUUGUGGAUGCUACAAUUGCAGCUAAAUGUGCUUUAACAGUUGAGAGAGAUCAGUCAAUACAAGUUCGAGUGGCCAAUGGGGAGUGGCUUCAAUCUUUGGGUCCUAUAAUGUUGAAUUUUGCUAAGUUGCAAAUGGAGUUUUCUUAUGAUAAUGGAAGUAUGGUUCUUAAAGGACUUAGCUCACCAACUUCUGAGUUGGUGGAUAAUAAAGAAAUAACUGUUAUUUCUAAAGUGGGUUCCAAGGGAUUUUGGCUCCAAUUGAUGGCUGUAGAGCCAGUUCAGAAGCAAAUGAUAUCUUGUCCUCAGGAAGAAAUUGAAAAGAUUGUAGCUGAGCUCCUACAGACUGGUGUAAUUAGGCCCAGCCAAUCACCAUUUUCAUCACCUGUGCUCUUGGUCAAGAAGGCAAAUGGGUCUUGGAGGAUGUGUAUGGAUUAUAGAAUGCUUAAUGAGGCCACCAUUAAAGAUAAGUAUCCCAUUCCAGUAGUUGAUGAGCUGUUAGAUCAGUUAUUUGGCUCUACUAUCUUUUCAAAAAUGGAUUUAAGAUCAGGGUAUCAUCAAAUUCGAACGAGGCCUCAAGAUAUUCAUAAAACUGCAUUUAGAACACAUGAGGGUCAUUAUGAGUUCCUUGUUAUGCUUUUUGGACUCACUAAUGCCCCCUUAACUUUUCAAACUCUCAUGAAUGAUGUCUUUAGACCAUUUUUGAGAAAAUUUGUUAAUGUGUUCUUUGAUGACAUUCUUAAACACCAGUUAUACGCUAAGAAGUCCAAAUGCAAUUUUGCAUGCAAGGAGAUUGAGUACUUAGGCCAUGUGAUUUCCAAGGAGGGUGUGAGAGCUAACCCGAGGAAAUUAGAGGCAAUGAUUGCAGCACCACUUACUGUCUUGCUUAAAAAGGAUGCCUUUGUAUGGAAUGAAUCUGCUACACAAGCUUUUACAGCUUUAAAGGAGGCUGUUGUGAGUCCACCUGCUUUAAAAGGGAAGAUUUUAUCUCUUUCCACUUACGAAAAGGAGUUGCUUGCUUUGAAAAUAGGUACAACAGCUCAACAAAAAUGGAUCUCAAAGCUGUUGGGCUAUGAGUUUUCAAUUGAGUAUAAAAAGGGAGCUGAAAAUAAAGUUGCUGAUGCCUUGUCUCGAAGGGAUGGGUUAGAAGAUGAAGCUGCAAUAGUUUUUGCCAUUUCAUAUCCAACUCCAGUUUGGUUGGAUGAAUUGAAACAGGCCUAUCUAUUUGAUCCAGUGGUUCAAGAACAGUUAGCUGUGUUGAAGAAUGGUGCUGCUGCAAACUCUAAGUUUGUUAUAAAGCAUGCAGUGUUAAUGAGGAAAUGGAAGAUAUAUGUUCCUAACUCUCAUGAGUUGAAGCUUAAACUUCUGCAUUUUAAACAUGCCAGCCCUUCUACUAGUCAUUCAGGCUAUCAUAAAUCUUUGCAGAGAGCUAGGCAAGACUUUUAUUGGCCUGGUUUGAAAAAAGAAGUGAAGACUUAUAUUCGAGAAUGUGAGGUGUGCCAGAAGAAUAAGGUGGAAAAUAUAAACCCUCCUGGGUUAUUGCAACCAUUGCAUGUGCCUCAAUUAAUUUGGACAGAUUUGUCUAUGGACUUUGUAGAAGGUCUUCCAAUUUCUAAAGGCUCUUCAGUAGUUAUGGUGGUGGUGGAUAGAUUAUCAAAAUAUGCGCACUUUAUGCCUCUUAAACAUCCCUUUACAGCAGCAAAGGUAGCUUUGGUUUUCUUAUAUCAUGUUUUUAAGUUGCAUGCUGACAAGCCAAGGCUCUGGUCUGAUUGGUUGACCUUAGCUAAGUGGUGGUAUAACACCACAUUUCACACUUCAACAAAGUUAACUCCUUAUGAGAUAGUUUAUGGCAGGCCCCCAACCAAGCUGCAGUCCUUUGUUCCUGGCCUUACUACUAACCAGGUAGUAGAGGAAGUUUUAAGAACCAGAGAAGAAAUUAUGGCCACUUUGAAGUCAAAUUUAAAUGCUGCUCAAGGAAGGAGAAUUGAAAGACAAUUCAACGUGGAAGAUUGGUUUUUCUUAAGGCUACAACCAUACAGACAACAAUCUUUAGCAGUUAGGAGAAAUUUCAAACUGUCUCCUAAGUUUUAUGGGCCAUUUCAGGUCAUUGAGAGGAUUGGGCAGGUGGCUUAUAAGUUGUUAUUGCCUCAAGGGUUUGCUAUACACCCAGUUUUUCAUGUCUCUUGCCUUAAGAGGAAGUUGGGCCAACUUGUUUCACCUUUGUCAACGUUACCACCAGUUCAUUUUAAGGGGGAAUUGAUUCCAGAACCUGAAUGUAUUCUGCAGAGGAGGUUCAGAAAAAUGAACAACAGACCAUUGACUGAAGUUUCAGUACAAUGGAAAGGAGGGGCAGUUGAGGAUGCGACUCGGGAACCUUACUUGCAAUUAAAAAAUAACUACCCUCACCUUGUGGGCAAGGUUUUCUAA